UCUACAUCGUUUAUCCAUUCGUCCACCAGUUUUUGGAAGGUAAACAUAAAAAAUGAAAUUCUAUUUAGCUAUUCUUCUUGUGAUCUUGGCUGUGGUCAUUGCUGACAAGGAGGAAGAUGAUAUGUGGAAAUCCUUCAAGAAAAAAUACAAUAAAAACCAUUCGUCAAAAGAGGAUGCCAACAGAAAACGGAACUUCAUUAAAAAACAUAGAGCCAUUCAAGCUCACAACCGAGAAAACAAAGAAUGGAAAAUGGGACACAACAAGUUUUCCGACAUGACGGACGAAGAAACCAAUGUUCUUCGUGGAACGAAAAUGGUGAAACGUCGUGUUAAGACGGAGAGUGAGCCUAGCUACUCCAUAAUUGAACGUGCUCUUCCAACAUCUAUUGAUUACCGAAGCAACAGAUGCCUCCAACCUGUGGAAGAUCAAGGUGAAUGUGGAAGUUGCUGGGCUUUUGCAGCCAUUACGGCUCUUGAAUUCAACUAUUGCAAGAAAACUGGCGCUCGUGGUCCACUAAGCGAGCAAAUGUUGGUCGACUGCGACACGUACAACUCUGGUUGUAACGGUGGAGAUUUCACGCAAGCUUGGCAAUACCUCCUGGAUUACGGAGGAGCCGUGAAUGGCACAACCUAUCCAUACGUUUCAGGAACUACCCAAACAAGUGGCACAUGCAAAUCAGGAAGCAAUGCUGUUGUCGCUCGAGUGGGUUAUUUUGACUGGGUACUACCAUACCCCAAUGUUACCCUCAUCAUGAGUUAUCUGCAAACGGAAGGACCUCUUCCAAGUGCCAUUAAAGUUCUCGACUCCUUUUUUUACUACACAUCGGGAGUCUACAGUGAUCCUGCGUGCAUUGUUUCUGAUGAAUACGACGUCAAUCAUGCUGUAGUUAUUGUCGGUUAUGGUACUGUACCGUCCACGACCACCUCACCUGCCAUUCCAUACUGGAUUGUUCGCAAUUCGUGGAGUAUUGAUUGGGGUAAUAGAGGUUAUUUUUUCAUCAGACGAGGAGUCAACAUGUGCAACAUUGAAUCGUGGACUGCUUUCGUUAGAGCUGCUUAAAAGGAUUGAAUAUUUUUCAUAAAAUAUAUCAUUCCAGAUUUGCUAUCUGCUAUUACGUAGUAUUUCUAGUCGGUUUCUGGCUUCGCAUUCUUAUUGAUACUUUCUAUUUAUUUCUAACUUAUUUCCUGAAAAAGAUGUACCGAAAAUUAUACAUUUGACUGCUUGAAAAUUUGCGAUUGUUUUUGCAAAGGCGAUUCUCACAACGAUGGCACAGUUUUUGCUUUCUCCGUUCCCUAUAUCCUCGAAAAGACAUUUUGAUCAAAGAAUAUUUUCUCCAGUUUGCA